AUGUUUCGUGCAAAUUUUUCGAAGUUUUGGAAUCACCCAGCUGGCCCUAAAACAGUCCAUUUUUGGGCUCCUGCUAUGAAAUGGACAUUGGUUUUGUCAGGUAUUAGCGAUUAUACCCGUCCACCUCAAUACCUUUCCGCUCGCCAGUACGGUGCUUUGGCCGCUACCGGUACAAUCUGGACUCGGUGGUCUUUGGUUGUACGCCCUAAAAAUUAUUUCAACGCGACGGUCAACUUCUUUCUGGCCAUCGUAGGCAGCAUUCAACUUUCAAGGAUUUACGUGUAUAACCAGCAACAAAAGCGCAUUACAGCAAAUGCUGAAGCACAAAAACAAAAUAUCGCUUAA